AUGAACGUAACAGCGGCAGCAGCAGCUUCAUCAACUACAUCAUCUUCUAAUGAUGAUCUUUUAUAUCAAGACGAUGGUCAGGGUGAUGAUGUUAGGGAGCAGGAUCGUUAUCUUCCUAUUGCCAACAUUAUUAGGAUUAUGAAGAAGGCUCUACCAAACAAUGCAAAGGUGGCAAAGGAUGCCAAGGACACCGUACAGGACUGUGUCAGUGAGUUCAUCAGCUUCAUAACGAGCGAGGCUAAUGAACGGUGUCAACAAGAGAAGCGCAAAACAAUCAAUGGCGAGGAUGUCAUCAUGGCCAUGACUGCACUUGGCUUUGACAACUAUGCCGAGCCGCUAAAGAUCUACUUGGCACGCUAUCGUGAGACGGAGAAGAACAAUCAGCAGAAUGGCAAGAAGUCACCAAAGAAGGGUGCCGUUGGUGGUGAGCUGCAAGCUUCACCCAGCAACUCAUCAUCUCCGAAACAAGAUGCUAUUAACAGUGUCGGCGGUAUAUUGAUGCAACAACAACAACAACAACCUGUCGAAACCAAUCAACAACAUCCCGACAUUUCGAAUGGUCUUUCACACCCAUCCCUCUUUGACCUGUCUCAACAACAACAACAACAACAACAACAACAACAGCAACAACAGCCAAUCCUAAUGGCACAUGGCAACAAUAUCUAUCUUAACCAAAUACCCGACACACAUGAGAGUUUGAGUGGAUUGAAUCAACACUAUUACCAGAAG